UGUUAUCACAAAAAUGCCUCUCCUCAAAACCAUUCACAUGGCUUAUCCAUAUUAUUCUCCACCCCCACCAUCACCACCUCCUCCUCCUCCUCCUCCUCCAUGUAACCCACCACCACCACCACCACCACCACCUCCAUGUAACCCACCUCCACCUCCACCUCCACCCAAAUCAAAACCACCACAUCACUUGUCGCCACCGCCACCGUCACCGUCACCGCCACCGCCACCACCUCCUCCUCCUAAAGGUCCAGUGGCGCCAUCACCGACGCCAACACCUCCUGGUGGUUCAGGCAUGCCACCUACUGCACAACCACCUCAUUAUUUACCACCACCAACGCCUGGUGGCCCUAACGUGCCACCUCACACACCUAGUGCGCCACCAACCUCGCCACCAACGCCUGGUGGCCCUAACGUGCCACCUCACACACCUAGUGCACCACCAAACUCACCACCAACGCCUGGUGGCCCUAACGUGCCACCUCACACACCUAGUGCACCACCAAACUCACCACCAACGCCUGGUGGCCCUGUCGUGCCUCCACCAACUUAUGGGCCACGAUCACCACAUGGUGUACCACCAACUGGCACCAUAAGCCCGCCUUCUUUUGCACCACCCACACCAUAUAAUUCUAUUCCACCAUCAUCAGGUACACUGACUCCACCACCGUCGGGAGGCGGCGGCGGCAAUCACACGACUGUUAUCGUAGUGUGCGCCUCACUCGGUGGUCUUUUCUUCCUCGCGUUUCUUGCCGUUGGUCUCUUCUGCUUGGCAAAGAAAAAGAAGAAGCCGGUUUUGAUUCCAGCAGCACCUUGUGUUGAGGAAGGUGAAGUAGCCGUAGCGACUUCAUAUACCGAGGAAAGCGCGGCGGUAGCAGUUUCAGAUGACAGUCAAAUUCAUGAAGUUGGAGGUAUAGGUGGUGGUGGCGGCCACGGCGGCGGAUAUGGACCAGGUGUGGCUGGGCCUGGGCCUAGCCAUCAGCAGUAUGGCUAG